AUGGAAAGGGAAGCUAGGGCAAGAGCGGAUGAGAAUAUGGCAAAAGAAAUCCGUAGUCUGAAGGAAGCAUUCAGAAGCAUCCAAACCCACAAGGGAUGCGAAGGACUUGAAUACGAGGAUUUGUGUAUCCAUCCCGACAUCGAGUUACCCGCUGGAUAUAAGGUGCCGAAAUUUGAUAUGUUCGACGGAAAAGGAAAUCCUCGGGCCCACUUGAGAUCGUAUUGUGAUAAGCUUGUUGGAGUGGGGAAAGAUCAAGCUAUCAGGAUGAAGCUGUUCAUAAGGAGUCUGACAGGAGAAGCGCUUGAUUGGUACACAUGCCAAGAUCCGCAGAAAUGGCGUAGUUGGGGAGAAAUGGCGCAAGAAUUCAUGGAUAGGUUCAGGUUUAACACUGAAACUGUCCCAGACAGAUUCUAUUUGAUGAAGUUGGAAAGGAAGUCCACAGAAACUUUCAGAGAGUAUGCUAUGCGAUGGAGGGCAGAAGCCGCAAAGGUCCAGCCCCCGAUGGCUGAAAGUGAGAUGACGACGCUUUUUGUACAAUCUUUAAAAGAUGCAACAUAUUAUGAAAGGCUGAUAAGCGUCAUCGGACAAAAGUUUUCUGAAGUUAUCAGGAUGGGAGAUUUUAUAGAAGAAGGUAUCAAGACAGGGAGAAUCACAAAUUUGGCAACUUUGCAAGCAACAAGCAAGGCAAUUCAAUCAGAUGCAAUUAAGAAGAAGAAGGACGGAGUGUCCGCGGUCAUGACCAUCCAGGAACGUAGACCAAACCAGAUGUUAACCUACCAAUACCCUUCCUCCCAGCCCGCAUAUUACAGCCAAUACACUCAAAACCCUCAGCCCUACUACCAGCCUUCACCCGCUCCUUACCCUGUUUACCACACCCAGCCAACAUAUUGUCCACCUCGAGCACCCGCCUAUCAAAACCCAUCACGAUACCAACCAACCUACUCGUCUCAACCCCAAUACCAACCGCAAAACCGUCCACAAAAUGCACCCAGACCUCGCCCAAACUUCGAAAGAAAACCCGCCAAAACUUAUACACCAUUAGCUGAACCUUUAGCCCAAUUGUACGAAAGAUUGAGAACCGCCGGGAUACUCCAACCAAUUCAAGGGAGAGUUCCUAAUCCCCUUCCUGGAUGGUAUGACGGGACUAAGCGUUGUGCAUACCACUCAGGAGUUGCCGGACACGAUACUGAAAAUUGCCUUACUCUUAAGGAUAAAGUCGAGGCGCUGAUCAAAGAAGGAGUCAUCCAGCUCAAAGGGGCUCCCCCAAAUAUAAAUGACAAUCCUCUGCCCAAUCAUGGUGAUGCAAAUGUGAACAUGAUCGCCAUUGAUGAAGAAUGUAACUUGGAAGGGACUAUUGUAUCAGUCAAAAGAGAGGAAAAGGUUGAAUCAUCAGCCUUUAUCGCUCCUGUAAUUACUGUUCAAGUGAGGGCACCAAUUGAAGUGGAAGUACUCACUUCCCGCCCUAAGAUCACCGCCUUAGUUGCUCAAGCACCCACUUUCAAUACCAAAGCAGUUCCUUGGAAUUACUCGGCGGAUGAAAAGAACAAAGGAAAAGCAAAACUGGUGGUAGAAACUGUAGCUGCCGGGAUGACAAGAUCUGGGCGGUGUUAUGCCCCUGAAGAAGUAGCACGAGGAGCACCAAGCAAAGAAAAUGGCCAAAAGAAAGCUGUGACUGAGGCUGAGGUUGAAGAGUUUUGGAGGAAAAUGCCAACCAAGGAUUAUUCUGUGGUGGAACAGUUGAAGAAAACUCCAGCCCAAAUUUCUUUAUUGUCGCUGUUGAUGAGUUCCGAAACCCAUAGGAACGCUUUGGUGAAAGUAUUAACUGAAGCUUAUGUCCCAGCUGAGACCUCUAGCGAGAAAUUCUCAGCUAUAGUUGGAGAAAUUCUCGAAGCUCACAAAGUCUCUUUUCAUGAGGAUGAGUUGCCACCCGAAGGUGUCGUGGGGGAGAUUGACUUAGCCUUGGAAAUCGGACCUGUGGAGUUCAUGGUGGAAUUCCAAGUAAUGGACAUAUCUGCUAGCUACAAUUUGUUGAUAGGAAGGCCAUGGAUUCACAUGGCUGGUGCAGUUCCCUCUACCUUGCAUCAAAGUUUGAAGUUUGUUUGGAACCAGCAAGAAGUUGUGAUCCAUGGAGAGGGCAACAAUUCGAUCUAUCCCGAGAAUGCAAUUCCUGUUAUUGAAAGUGUAGAAAGGCUAGAUGGAUCUGUUUUCCAUAUUAAGGAAACCGUGUGUACUACUCGUGAAAAGGUGAAGUUUCCACGGGUGCUUAUGAUGGUGGCUUGGGAAAUGUUAAAAAAUGGUUUUAAGCCUGGUCGGGGUCUUGGAGUGAACUUGCAUGGAAUAGUAGAACCAGUUCAGUUGCCCGGUCAGAAGGAUACUUUUGGUCUUGGAUACGAGCCCACUCCUGAAGAAGUUUCACUGGCUAGUCUCAGAAGGAAAGGUGAUAUUCCCUUGCCAAAGCCUGUUCCGCUCCUGAAUCAGUCAUUUUUCAAGGCAUCCGUUACCCAAGCACCAGAGGAAGCUGCCGAAGACAAUCUCGUGGAAGGAUUCAAGAAUCUGUUUAUCGCCGAGGAAGAAGCUGAAUGCAACGUGAUUCUGGAUGAUUGCCCAGAAACUCCUACCAUCUGGGAUGCUGAGCCCGGAGAUGCUUUGAAUAAUUGGACUUGUACCCCGCCCCCGGUUCUCCGGGAGUCUUGCAUUCCAACUAGUAAAUCUGCCGAUACUGUGAAUUUGACACGUAAUGAAACAAGCGAACCAAUUCUAAAUGCCGAACCAGAUUCUGAAGAAUAUGAAGAAGACAUGCAACCUGAAGAGUUAACUAAGGAUUUUGAACAUUUUGAGAAUAAGCCAAAACCGAAUUUGGAUGAAACAGAAACCAUAAAUUUGGGAGACUCAGAAACCGUGAGGGAAACAAGGAUUAGUGUCCAUUUAACUCCGGCACAAAGAGAAGAAUUAAUCAACCUUUUGAGGCAAUAUAUAGAUAUAUUCGCAUGGUCUUACGACGAUAUGCCGGGUUUAAGUACAGACAUUGUUUCGCAUAAGUUGCCUAUUGAUCCAUCUUGUCCUCCGGUGAAACAAAAGAAGAGAAAUAUUAAACCGGAUUUGAGUUUAAAAGUCAAGGAAGAAGUCUCCAAGCAAUUUGAUGCAAAGGUUAUUCGAGCUGCGAGGUAUCCCACUUGGUUAGCCAAUAUCGUGCCUGUACCAAAGAAAGAUGGCAAAGUCAGGGUAUGCGUGGAUUAUCGGGAUCUCAACAGGGCCAGUCCGAAAGACGACUUUCCUCUCCCGAAUAUUCACAUACUUAUUGAUAACUGUGCAAAGCAUGAGCUGCAGUCAUUCGUUGAUUGUUUCGCAGGGUACCACCAAAUUCUGAUGGAUGAAGAAGAUGCUGAGAAAACGGCAUUCAUCACGCCUUGGGGAGUAUACUAUUAUCGGGUGAUGCCUUUUGGACUCAAGAAUGCAGGCGCCACCUAUAUGAGAGCCAUGACUACUAUCUUUCAUGACAUGAUCCAUAAGGAGAUUGAAGUCUAUGUGGAUGAUAUUAUCAUCAAGUCACGAAAAAGUUCAGAUCACCUGGCAGAUUUGAAGAAGUUCUUUGACAGGUUGAGGCGAUAUAAUUUGAAAUUGAAUCCCGCAAAGUGUGCAUUUGGUGUUCCUGCUGGGAAGCUGUUAGGCUUUAUUGUGAGCAGAAGAGGCAUAGAAUUGGAUCCAUCAAAGAUAAAGGCUAUCCAAGAGUUGCCCGCCCCAAAAAGUCGAAAGGACGUGAUGAGUUUCCUCGGUCGACUCAAUUACAUUAGCCGGUUCAUAGCACAAUCAACAGUAAUAUGCGAGCCGAUAAUCAAGCUAUUGAGGAAAGAUGCUGCUACCAAAUGGACGGAAGAUUGCCAACGAGCUUUUGAUAAAAUCAAGGAGUAUUUGUCUAAUCCGCCAGUUCUGGUGCCUCCAGAAGCCGGGAGACCUUUGUUAUUAUAUUUGUCUGUGUCAGAAAAUGCAUUUGGAUGCGUGCUGGGACAACAUGAUGAGACAGGAAAGAAGGAGCAAGCAAUAUAUUAUUUGAGCAAGAAGUUCACACCCUAUGAAGCUCGGUAUACAUUGUUGGAACGCACCUGCUGUGCCCUGACUUGGGUUGCACAGAAGUUAAGACAUUACCUGUCUGCAUAUACCACCUAUCUCAUCUCGAGGAUGGAUCCACUCAAGUAUAUCUUUCAGAAGCCUAUGCCUACUGGGAAGUUAGCCAAGUGGCAAAUUUUGCUAAGCGAGUUUGAUAUUAUAUAUGUUACCCAAAAGGCUAUCAAAGGGCAGGCAAUAGCAGAUCAUCUCGCCGAAUAUCCCGUAGAUGAAGAAUACAUACCUCUUAAAACUUAUUUCCCUGAUGAAGAGGUAUUGUUUGUCGGAGAAGAUAUCUCAGAAGAAUAUCCAGGGUGGAGAAUGUUCUUUGAUGGGGCUCUCAGAUUUCCGUGCACUAACAAUAUGGCAGAAUAUGAAGCUUGUAUUCUCGGACUCAGAAUGGCUGUGGAUAUGAACAUACAAGAAUUAUUGGUCAUAGGCGAUUCUGACUUGUUGAUUCAUCAAGUGCUAGGCGAAUGGACCACCAAGAACGUGAAGAUACUUCCGUACCUGCAUUGUGUGAAGGAUUUAUGCAAGAGAUUCAUCAAGGUGGAAUUCAAACAUGUUCCUAGGACUCAAAAUGAGUUCGCCGAUGCUUUGGCAACCUUGUCCUCCAUGAUUCAGCAUCCGGACAAGAAUUACAUAGAUCCCGUCAAAGUGAACUUGCACGACCAGCAUGCUUAUUGUUUCCAUGUAGACGAAGAGCCUGAUGGGGAACCUUGGUAUUAUGAUAUCAAGAAAUAUCUCAAGGCAGGAGACUACUCAGAAGGCAUAACCAGCAUUCAGAAGAAAACGCUUCGAAGAUUAGCAAAUCAUUUUUUCCUAAGUGGAGAAAUCCUGUAUAGGAGGACUCCAGACCUAGGACUGCUAAGGUGUGUCAAUGCCAAAGAAGCGGCCAAAUUGCUUGAAGAAGUGCAUGGCGGUACAUGUGGGCCUCACAUGAAUGGUUUUACUUUGGCUAAGAAAAUUCUACGAGCAGUUAAAUGUGACAAGUUCUCCUUGGCUUUUGCAGCUUGGGGCAUGGAUGUUAUUGGUCCCAUCGAGCCAGCCGCGUCAAAUGGACACAGGUUCAUUUUGGUAGCCAUCGACUAUUUCACGAAAUGGGUAGAAGCAUCUUCGCACAAGUCAGUGACGAAGAAGGUGGUCGUAGACUUUGUCCGCAACAACAUCAUUUGCCGAUUCGGAAUUCCUGAGUCAAUCAUAACCGAUAAUGGAGCUAAUCUUAAUAGUGGUUUGAUGCGGGAAAUUUGCAAAACAUUUAAGAUCACCCACCGCAAUUCCACCCCUUAUCGACCUCAGAUGAAUGGAGCAGUUGAAGCAGCCAACAAAAACAUCAAGAGACUUUUGGUCUAUGGAACAGUCGUGUUACCUGCGGAGGUGGAGAUACCGUCAUUGAGGAUUAUCCAAGAAGCUGCGUUGGAUGAUGCCAAAUGGAUACAAAAUCGUUAUGAGCAAUUGAUGCUCAUUGAUGAAAAGAGAAUGAACGCAGUUUGUCAUGGACAGCUUUAUCAGAAUAGGAUGGCCAAAGCUUUCAAUAAAAAGGUAAGACCAAGGCAGUUCAAACCGGGGCAAUUGGUAUUGAAGCGCAUAUUCCCAUGCCAAGAGGAAGCUAAGGGAAAAUUUGCACCCAACUGGCAAGGACCUUAUAUGGUUCAUCGGGUAUUGACUGGAGGAGCAUUGAUUUUAGCAGAGAUGGAUGGCGAAGUUUGGCCGAAAGCUAUCAACGCAGAUGCCGUCAAGAGAUACUACGUCUAG